CGAUUAUUCAUUCAUCAUCCGCUCAGCAGGGUGAGUGAAUUCAGAUUAAGAUCACUGGGAUAACUUGGUAAUCAUUGACCUCAAAUCCUAAACGCCUCUCCAGAUGGACACCUCCGACGACCCUGUAAUCGCAUCCUAUGAUGUAUUUCUCACGGACUCCGAAAUCUCUCGCUACGUCCUUCAAUACAUUGACCGUGCAUGGGACCUACCAUACGAUGAGCGCCAUGAGCGGAAACCUACUGCCUUCCGUCUGAAACCGAAGACAGGUAACGUUGAGGUAGACAUCCCCAUCAACACCCGCUCCAACUACGAUCAGACAAAGGGAUUGCGGUACGGAAAUGCGAUGCUGAGGAGUCGGGUGUCGGGCGGGUUUGGGAUGGCUGGUGGGUUCAGCUCGGGACCUUCUGGAUCAGGGUCGCGAGUGAAAGCUGAGGCAGAUGAUGCGAUGAAUCUGGAUGGAGGGAGGAAUGGCAAGAUGGCGCCUUCUCAGGAUGUGUUGAGGGUACAAACGCUUGGUGGGAGGGUUAAGAUUCCUGAGGAGGGGGAUCCGGUUUAUAUGCUUGCUGCAUUUCGAGGGCAAAAUCUAUACCUCUCCCCUGUCUCCGCUGUCGUUCAGCUACAUCCUCAACUUCACCAUCUCGAUGCUUUGGACGAAAUUCCCGCCAAAGGAGGACGAGGGUCCAAGAAGAAGGAGGCUGAUGAGGAUCGACCGGUUGAAGCUGAGGCUCGUACGGUCGAUGUCAAAGUCAAAGGAGCUGAAGAAAAGGAGGCAGUUAUGGAUGGCAACCUUCGUCUAUUGAAACAGAUGCAGGACGAUAAAUGGCUUACAUAUGACUGGGUGGAUGCUGAGACCGAAGAAGCUUGGGAGACGUACGAGAGUUACAUGAUCCACCAGAACCCGAAUGAUUUACCCCAACUACAGUCGAUGAUCGAUGUUGAAGAAUAUCUUGAUAAGAUGAGCGCUCCUCGUGUUGAUCCUGCGCGACCAGAGAUGACCGGUUGGGCAAUGAAGCUGAAUCGGAAGCAGCAGAGAGAGCGGAAGGAGGCUGCAGGCAAAGGCGAUGUUGAGAUGGGGUAAUUUGCAUUUUUACAGAGAAACAAAAAAACAUGUAUACCCAUAACAGGGAAUCUGCCAUCUAGUCUGUAAUCGUGCAUGAAUAAUAUGAGACUCGGCUUUUGCCAUUCCUGCAAUGGUUCGGUGGAUCGCCAGGGUCGAU